GCAAACUACUGAACACUGUUGCAUCUCUUAUAUUGAAUUGCAAUCAAGACGCGGCUGGAAACCCUUUUCAGCCGACGACGAACCAUCGUCCGAAUCGUACACCGAUGCCAUAUACGCCCAAUGGGAACACCGCAUGAUGCGACAGGCACUGUAUAUGGAGGAGGCGCUCAGGUAUCUGUCUUUGUACAGUAAGGGUGUGCAGACACAGCACUUGGGCCUGCCCGAUGCCAUACAGCCACAGAGCGACGAGUUGCUGGAUCCGUUAAUAGCGCAGACGCGCGAUUUAGUGGUCAAAACCGCUACACUUGUCAACUGCAUGCAGAUUCUGUUCGCCCGCCGGUCUAAUGACAACGAGGAUGACGGUCACGAUUAACAACUGCUUAAGAACUUUCGAAGUCUGGGCGAAUUCAUCGAGGAGCACUAUAUACGGAAGACAAGGGUCGAGCGCGCCAAGAUUGUGUAUCACAUGACCACUUCACUGCGGAGUGCUUCGUAUGUUGCGUUUUUCAGAAAGACGUAUACAGGGCGUGUCCGGCUAUACACUGCCCACGAGUAUAGGCAGCUGUUGUUAUGUCGGGUGUGUUUACUUCACCCAUUCACUGUCGUUGGUUAGUGCACUCAGAGGAGCGAUCAGACGUACUUUUCCCACCCGUAUACGCACUUACACAUCCCAUCUCAUUCACUACAC